GGAUUGCCGCCUUGGUACUUAUCACCUUGCCUCUCCUUCGAAACACAUCAGGGCCGCGCCUUCCUUCCUUUCGCUCACCAACACGUACCCCGCCAGCCCCACGCUCAUUGCCUCAUUGCUGCACACGGACCCGUUGAUCGCAUUGCGUCUUGCGAUAUAAUCUCUCCGGCCUAGCCCACCUCAAACGUUGCGUGUGUCUAUACCGUGGUUGAGUGGCGCUGCAACAAUCUGUUCCGCUGACCUCACCGGGGCAACCCUGGUACCUGCCACCUGCCACCUUCCUCGACCCGUUACAUACUUGAGCUUGCACCCCAAUUGCCGCCAUGUCUUCAAAUCACUCCAGGAAUACGUCUGCGGAGACGACUGGAACCACCAAUUCCUACAACAUGAUCCUCGAGCACGUUCUACAGUACCCCGGCAGCUAUGAGAUCCCCCUGCGGACCAUGUACACCCUCAACUGUACGCCACGAGCGCAGCCGCUUCCCAAGGAUUUAUCCCGCGCUCCGUCACCCACUUCCGCGCAGCAACCAGCGUGGGAUGACGCGGAGUCAGCCUCGAUGAACUUUACGUCGCAGCUCAUGAGCCACAUCAACUCAAUGCCGCAGCAGCCCAGCUCGCUGCCGCCUUCCUUCAUCGUCAGCUUCGUCAGCCGCAUAUUCCACCCUAGCCUGUCUCUGGUCGACUUUCCCCAGGCAUUGACUGCGCUCGACUACCUCCGGGACCUCGACAACCGAUGGCGGAAAGAGUUGAAAGCCGCCUUUGAUCGCGUCCACAUCCACCCAGAGACCGCUGGCCAGGAUAUCGAGACCUUGUCGGAGCGCUACCCUGGUAUUGCUCUCUGGGCGAAGAACCUGGAAGGCAAGAGCCAAAAAGCUGAGCUUUAUUAUGCGAAGAUGUGGCUCGGUCUACGCCGAUGGGUCAUGAUCAACGAGCUCUCUCUUCAGCCCUUCAAUAAGCUGAACUGUAUGGGCAUGCUCAACACUCUCCUGCCUCCCCAGCCCGCCAGCGGUGGGAAGCUUCCUUCGCCUCUUCUAACACAACAGACCCUGCGCCAGGAGCGGGAGAGCUUCUUCCACUACAUUCGGCAAGUGCAGAAAUCGGGCCCUGGCUGCCUUGAGAUGCUCACGAAAGGCGAGAGCACAAAGUGGUCGGUUGUGCAGAAGCAGGUGGACAAGUACCUACGUGUCGCCAAGCACAUCAUCGACGACUGCAUGACUACCAUGGGCACUGAAGACUUCAAGUCGGUCGACGAGCCCAGGAAGGGCAAGAAGACGGACUCUGGUGUCAGCUUUGGUUCGGACAGCAGGCGUCCCAGUACCGGUUCUUCCACUCACGACAGGACCCUCCCAGAAGCCCUUGUGGACAGGGAAUCCACAUCAAAGGGACUGAGCAAGCUCGAGAAGCUCAGCCGGGAAUUCAAACGGAUGCGCGUCACGUCACGGCCUGAGGUCAAAGAGAUGGUCAAGAUGGAGCAGGACCUGCCAGUAUCCGGGGAGAACCAGGGCAAGAAGAUCAGGAAGGCCAGGUCGCUAGCCAGUCUGCGAGGCCGAACCUCCGUCGCCGCGAGCGCAGCGGACAGGAAAGGCAGCGAUGCCGUGCCGUACGACGCAGAAGAGAUGAAGCGUGCCCGCCAGCUCUACGAGGCACGGAAUGCGUCGUAGCCCUGGCGCACGAUCAUUCUCUUCACGCCAUUGACUGAUGCCGGUGCUUUUCUGCCUCUAGAAAUCAAUGUGGACACGAUCAGCAAAGCAGGAUCGGACGCCCGACAUAGUGUUCUAGCUUUUCUUCUCGGGUUUCACUUCGCUCCGACUCGACCCGGGUU